ACGCGGAUGGGUAACCCUUCCACUCUUACCUUCCUGAAAGAAAGUCGUUUUAGUAGAGAUUACUGUUACAAUAUGUAUAUAAAUACAUAUGUAGUAUAUGCAUAGUAUAUGCCUACCGUCUACCUGUUACAAUUCAACCCCUUGCCUGUCAUGUAAAUAUGUACUAUUUACAACACCACCUACAACAAUAUUGCAGAAGCUGAAGCUACAUAGUAAAAAUAUGGCGUCUAUUGUCAGUGAUUGUCAGCUGCAGUCAGCUGUUCGCUAACUACAUACAUGUCAUCCACGAAUAAAAAUAUAUAACAUACAAUUUGUGUGUGGAUACUAAUAUAGUAUAAAUCUCGAAACAAUACAAAGAUAAUAUAAGGAUUACGAAUGACGGCUGUUCUAAAAUAUUUUCCAAGUGACUUUGCAUUCGAAGUUAUUGUUUUAUAAGUGUAGAUAAAAAACUGAACAAUGGAAACGAUACGAAAGGAUUUGCUUGUGCCAGCAAAAUAUAUGAAAGUAACGGACGAAAGAAUUUGUUUGACAGUUCACAAAAAUUGGUUAACCAGUUUACACACCAUAGGCCCAAUUUCAUUUAAUUAUCAUGACAGAUUAACUGAAGAUGAAAUCGCAGCACAACCUGCAGUUGAAGAAUUGGGUUCCAACUGGAUUAGGGUGUACGUGAAAGUUUAUGAAAAAGAGCAUAAAUAUGCAAUUCCACUUCUAAGAGGAAGGCACUCAACAAGUAGAAAUACUCAGUCAGAUUUAACAUUUUCACAAUUGUUGCAUUAUGUAGUGGAAACAAAUUAUAGAAACUUAUGGAAAGAAUGUUAUAAGAAAUAUUACAAUCCAUGGAACUGUGUGGAACACAAGGAUCAGUGUAAUAUAACUGCUAAUGUGAGCGAUACGUCCAUCAUGCAAGAAGUAUUACAAAGAAUGUAUGGCUGUAGUUUAGUACAAAUUCAAAAUGGAUUAGUUUUAUCUGUAUUACCUGGUGUGACAACCGAAGCACAUUGUAAUCUUCUUCCAACAUUAUUUGCUAUUGAAACUGCUACUGCUUUUAUAAUAUUACACGAGCAAACUGCAGAAUAUUCUCUUCGUGAGUGCGUGAUGUAUAGUCCUGCUGCUUUAAGUACAAGUCAUGGAAAAUCAUUGUUCCUAAUAUAUCAACUUUUACAAUUGUAUAGAGACUUACAUGAUCGUGGCCUAGUGUUAGGUGAAGUUACCCUUAGUGAUAUAUUACUUAUGGAUAAUUUCACUAUUCAGGUGUUACCAAAAUUAAGCGACAAUAUAUAUAUAAAACCUGAAAAUCAAAUUCAUAAAGUUUCUACCAAUCAUGAAAUGAAAUGGAAAAAUUUUAGCGGGUACAAAAGAAAUGCUGAUAUAAUAUUAUCAAGUACCAUGUUACAAGGAAAUCCAAAAUUUGGAACAAACGAAAGCAUUGAAAAGUUGUGCGAAAUGUGGGUCUAUAAUUCCAUUAGUAAUUAUGAUUAUUUGACUGCAUUAAAUAAUAUAGCUGGUAGAAGAUACGGUGAUCCAAGUUGCCAUCAUGUUAUGCCUUGGGUCACAGAUUUCACAUCAAGAUGCGGUGGUAAUUGGAGAGAUUUAACCAAAUCAAAAUUUCGAUUAAAUAAAGGUGACAGACAGUUGGAUUUAACAUUUGAUUCACAAUCUGUGGAAGUUGGUCAUCAUGUUUCAGACGUAUUAUCAGAAAUAACAUAUUACGUCUAUCUUUCACGUCGUUAUAACAAAUCUGUUUUGUGUAAAAAUGUACGACCACAAUGGGUUCCAGGAGAAUACCCUGCAUCUAUACAAAGAUUACAUGAUUGGAGUCCGGAUGAAUGUAUACCACAAUUUUUUUCUGAUCCUAGUGUUUUUAAGUCCAUUCAUGAAGAUUUACCAGAUUUAGAAAUCCCUGCAUGGGCAACGUCACCAGAAGAUUUUGUAGAAAAACAUAGAGAAGCUUUAGAAAGUUUUUACGUAUCUGAAAGAUUACAUCAUUGGAUAGAUUUAACUUUUGGUUACAAAUUAUCCGGUUCGGCUGCAGUCAAAUCGAAAAACGUUUGCUUACAACUUGUUGACAAUCAUACUGGUUUGACGAAUUCUGGAGUUGUUCAACUUUUUACACAACCACAUCCGCAAAAAAUCAUCCCAUCGCCUUAUUGGUGUAAAAUUCCACCUCGAUUACGUUCAUCUUUUGUGAUUAACAAACACAAAAAUGAUCAGUGUGGGAAUAGAGGUAGCGAUGAUGAAGGUCAUAGUUCUGGAUUUGAAGAGGAAGAAUUACCAAUUUCGAUAUUAAAUACAUCUAAAUCAUCACCUUUGGUUUUAAGUCGAUUAUUAAGUCGUUCUCGCGGUUCUUUACUCUCUGCUGAAGAUACUAUCAAACAAGAUAAAUCCAUGAAUCAAGCAAUAGUUCUCCCCAAAGACUACAAUCCAGUUGCAGCUAUUACUCAAGUGGAAACUAUGCACACAUUUAUGAAUAAAGUGAGCUCUCAAGUUUAUAAACCAGAAAUUGAACUGCAUGAAUCAUGCAUUAAUUAUAAACAAAUAGUGGCUAGCGGACGUAUUAAAGAACAACAAAUACUUGGUUGUUUAAUUGUGGAAAUAUUUUUGUCCAACAAAUUCCGAGCAACAUGGAAUGUGGAGAAAGUGUCAUUUUCAAAAAGACUUAAUGUGUGUCUCAAUAUUUUAAAAACGUCAGCUGAUAGUUUACCUAAGUGUGUACGAAAUGCAGUGGCUUUAUUACUGCAAGUUGAUAUUAUACCAAAAAGUUACAAUGCUGAUAGCAUAGAUGUAAUGGAUACACCUUUUCGUUAUCCAACUAUUACUAAUAUGGGUUUACCGCCACCAUCAGCUCACCAAUUUUUGCAACCACUACUUUUCGGAAGUUUAUUACCGUUUUCCAAAUACUAUAAAUAUUUAUUCAAUAUUGUAGAAAUGUUACAAGAAUAUAACAGUUUGGUACGUGAGUUAAAUUUUGUAAUGAAAUCCGAGGAUGAUAUAGAUUAUACCCUUAAAACAAGGACGAGAUUUCUUUGCAAAAUCAGUGAAUGUAAAGUUAAAGCAAUUGCACGGGAAUUAGAACACUUAUUGUCUCAUAUUGGAAUUGCUAGGGAAGCUUUAGAACUGAUAAUGCCUCACAUACAGCAAGUAAUGGAAGAAUCAUACAGUGCUGUUUUAGCCGCUUGGUAUUUGUUUGACCCUAUUGCAAGAGCAUUAGGUCCCAAAGAUACUGCAGAGACAUUCCUUACAUCUAUCAUGAAAUUAUAUGAAAAUGGAUCUUUCAUGGAUAAUUCGUUAUAUGCUGACGUACUACCCUCCGGACUAGUUGCAAAAUUUAGAACUACACGUUUAUAUCAUAGAAAUUUUUUGUUAAAACUUAUAGUAAGAAUGGGUCUACGACGCUAUUUGGAAAAUUUUAUUACGCCUCUUGUAGAAGCAGUUGGAGGGUACAGAGAUUAUAUGCAGGGCUCUUCAACGUAUACUCACAAGACUGGCAAUCUUAAAAGCUGUGAUUUAAAUGAAAUUUGUAAUGACGGAGAAGGAAUCUUAUCACCUUUAGACGAAGAUUCUUCUGCAGGUUCAGAGCAUAUUUCUUUAUCACCUGGACCAGUAACAACUGAUUAUAUUCACAAUGUGAAUAUAGUUGACAAUGAUGUUCAAGAAGUAUUUACCAUGGAUGCAGAAGACAGUUCUUGGGUUCCCAUAAACUCUAGUACAACAUAUGAUAUUGAUUUACAUAUAGAUCUAAACUUGAAUCUCAAUGAUGAUUCAAAUGAAGACGGAAGUAAAAUUUCACCUCUCAGAUCAAUUAAAUCACCAACAAUUCCUAUACCAAAACCACUCAACUCUCGGAAUAAAUUAGCGAUAGAAUUUAAUAAUAUUGGAUGUAAUGUAGGAAGUAAAACUUCUAAUGAAGAAUAUGUAUACAAUGACUCUUAUGGUGGAUUUGCCGAGUCUGUUAAUAAUUUAGAUGAAAUUUACAAUGUAGAGGAACAAAAUCCUGUCAUAUUACAAAUAGAUGAUAUCAAGUCUGAUGCUUCAACACAUAAAGAUAUUCAGAUAGAUAACAUUUAUCAGAAAUCUACAUCGAAUGAAUGCACAACUUCAGAAAUGAGUGCAGGAUCUAUCAUUUGGUUGUCUCAUCGACUUGGUCCUGUUCUAACUGCUAGAUAUUUAUCACGUAAUUUAUUGAGAAUGCUUGCAUUAUGUUACACAGGAGAAGAAAAUUUAACGGUAAUCGAUGAUAGUGCAUUAUCUCUGCAAGGUAUUACUUGGAACAAAAAGGUUUUAGUUGGCGAUCGAAAUGCUGUGAAAGUUUUGGAGUGCCUUACAGCCAUUGCAGGACUGUACGGGGAACAAAUUAUAGUACUACAAUAUUUUGCACAUAUGGUUGAAUUAAUAGCCCUUUGUAAAAGGAAACUAACGCAAAAUUUGGAAGGAGGUCUUAUUUCAUGCUUAACUCUUCUAAAUCAUAUUACAUCAUAUCUUAAUGAUGCAACCUUAAUGGAUUGCCUUCAUGAACCAAUAGUUAAAGCAAUACUGUAUCCUACAGUUCGUGUAUUAUCAUCUACAAAAUUUACUUUCCCUAAUGGUGUGGUGGCACGCUCUGUACUAGCAGAAAAAUGUCUUGAGAUUAUAUUUAUGUUUAGCUUACGAUUGGGAAGUGUUGUUAUAAAGAAUCAUCUGGCUGUUCCAAUUCAGCGAUUUUUCUUGGCGUUUGAAAAAUCAUUUAAUCCAAAUGUUAUAGGAAAUUCGAAAAGUGAGAUUAAUCAAAAAACGGUAAACGAACAGUUUUCCAGGGCAAAAUGCGUAAAUGAUGAAAAUAAAGAUACGCGCGGAUUUCAAUCAAACUUCAACUCAGAUGUUGCUGAUUCUUAUUCUCCGCCGGUUAUUGAAACCAUGGACAUAUCAGAUUAUCAGAAAAAUAAAGCACUUGAAGAACUAAAAGCAGUAUUUACAAUAGAAUUUGCUCAUAAAGCAUAUAUGCUCUUUUAUAAGUGUAUCGAUAGUGAAGUAAUGGAACAAAUACUUAAGAACUAUGGACAUAUACAUCACUUAUGUCAAAAAUAUGAACAAGACAUCAAAAUAAGUACAUCAAAUAUUGACGAUACCAAAUUGAGCACCUCGUGUAAUACUGAUUACAACGUGACAGAAACUGCAGGAGGAGUGCAUAAAGAAAUUUCAAAUUUUGGAAAUAUAUCGGUAGUGGGAAAUAGAUUCGCGAUAGAGAAGAACAACGUUGGGGAUUUGACAACAACCGAAAAUACGGGUAAUCGAGAUGCUAUUUCCUCGUAUACUGGCAGGCAAUUACGAGGAAAUUGGUUAGCAUACUGGGAACAUGAAAUCGGAAGAUCCGAUAAAGAUGUAACAUUUAAUAUCAAGCAAAUAAAGCUUCAAACAUUCAGUGGGCAUACUAAUAGUAUUAGAUGUUUAUCUGUAUUAGACAAUGAGAACAGUUUUAUAAGUGGUGGAAGGGAUAAAACUGUAAAACUGUGGAGUUUAAGAAGUCAGGGUGAUGGAAACACAGUUUCAUCCUGCCAAUACACUUAUACAGGGCACAAAAAAUCAAUUCUUGCUCUUACUUUCUUAGAAUCGUUAAGAUACGCGGUCACUUGCGAUGGCACAAUACAUUGUUGGGAUCCUUUUAUGGGAUCUCUUCUUGGAUGUCCAGAAAACUCUCGACCAGUUCCUGUAAAUACUCUAAUAGCUAGUCCCUCCCCGUUUACGACGUUGCUCGUAGGAACUACUGAUAUUACACUCAGAGUCAUAGAUUGCAGAACUUUUCAAUAUGUCAACGAAAUGAAAGUAUCCGUGAAUCCAACCGGUUUAAUUAGAUGCAUAGCAGUAGCACCUAGCGGUUACUGGGUAGCCUUGGGUCAAGCAUCAGGAUUUUUAACAGUUUUAGAUACUCGAACUGGUCUUAUUAUUGCAUCUUGGAAGGGUCAUGAAUGCGAAAUACUACAGCUAGAGACAAUAAAUGAAACCACUAUAGUUAGUUCUUCGCUAGAUGAGACGAUUGCGGUAUGGAGUGCACUGGACGGAAAACUGAAAUUUCAUAUGAAAGGAACAACCGAACCAGUUCAUUGUAUGUCCACUUAUGAGCAAGAACUUGUUAUAGGAACAACUGCGAAUCGUGUAGGUGUUUUUACAUCUAUCGAAACAACAGCUGCAUUUUCGUCAUCAAAAUUAAAAUCAGAUACCUUUAAAGGGCUUCUUACUACAAUGGCGAUUCUUCCCCUUAAUCGAUUAUUAUUAUUAGGUGCAGAUAAUGGCGGUAUUACAUUAAUUUGUUGAACUUCGCAUAUUAUUUAAACAAAUUAUUUAGUAAACCCAUUCAGUAAGUAAAGCCAAGUAAAAAUUGUUAAUUUUUAUUUACAAAUCAAAUCGCAUUCGUCAAUUACUUUUUAUAUAUCCAUGUUAUAUAUAAUAUGCUCACGAUAUUAAAAGAAACUCACCUUAUAUAUAAGCAAUAUCAGUUCUUGUUCCGAGCACUUUUAAAGCAAGAUCAGAAGACAUUUUGUGAACACCAAUAUCCGCUAAUAUCUCUUUUUCUAUAAUUUCGUUAUUGCUGUUUAGAGCCUCUAGCAGUAACAUCGCUGAGCCCAAUAGAAUAUUUAAUAAAAUACACGCUUCUUUGAUCCUGGAAUGUAAGUUAAAUAAUUAGACAUAGUAUGCAAUAAUAGCUGAUGAAAGAAUAUAGUUUAAAUUGACUAUGUUACAACGUGUAGAACUAGCAAAUUUUGAUAUUUGAUUUUUUAUUGUAAGUAGUUAGUGACUAGCAAUCUAUUACAUGUAAGUACUAUAUGUAAUGAUGGCCAUAAGUAUUACUCAUGCAAUCCGAGCUCGAAAUGUAUAAACAUAUACCGAGCCUUAACAAAAAUAAGUCAAUUCGAGUAUCUGUGAUGUAUGAACAUCUGCAAACAAAAUUGUAAUCUAGUGGUGUUCAAAUCUAACCCAGGCCAAGUUUAGUUUCUACACAUAAACGCCGGGUCAAACAAGUUCACGUUCCAUAAACUGUAUGUUAUAUUAGACUGCAUGUUUUAUAGAUUAUAUAAGAUGCUAAGCAAUAUUUAAGCAGAGGAUGUUAAUACUUGAAAAUAUGCAUAUAACAGAUUACAUGUAAUCCUCUAAAAUUGCCUUGUAAAAUGCAUCCUUAGGUAUAAACUGUAAAUGAUGCAUUUUUGUUGACAGAAAAAAUUCGUGUAUCUGGGAUAUCACAAUGUCAUCAAUAGGAUUAGAUACAAUUACUAAGAACUUAGUUUUUACAUAUGUGAUAAUUAUGACUCUCUUAAUAAAUACAAACUUUUUAAAACAAGA